UGUGACAGUCCAAGAUGGCGAUGCCCGGGGAGGUGGACGAAGAGUCGGCGGUGUACCUGGUGGUGAGUGGUAUCCCCCCGGGGUUACGCUCGGCCCAGCUGCGGAACUACUUUAGCCAGUUCCGGGAACAGCGCGGCGGAGGCUUCCUGUGUUUCCACUACCGGCAUCGGCCGGAGAGGGGCCCUCCGCAGGCGGCGGCCCGAGCUGCGCCCGCCCGCGACUCUGUCCCCCUCCAGACCCGCACCUGCUGCUGCAUCGUCUCGGUGCGGGGAGUGGCACAAGCUCAGCGGCUGCUUCGCAUGUACUCGGGCCGCCGGUGGCUGGACUCUCAGGGGACCUGGCUCCCGGGUCGUUGUCUCAUCCGCAGGCUUCGGCUCCCCACCGAGGCUUCAGAUCUAGGGCCCUUUCCUUUUAAGACCCGGAAGGAAUUACAGAGUAGGAAGUCAGAGAAUGAAGCUUUUACUCUAGCCGACCUGAGGCAGCUACCCGAGCUGAAUCCACCAGUGCUGAUGCCCAAUGGCAACGUGGGCACACCCCUGCGGGUCUUCUUGGACCUGAUCAGGGCCUGCCGUCUGCCACCUCGAAUCAUCACCCAGCUGCAGCUCCAGUUCCCCAAGACAGGCUCCUCCCGGCGCUAUGGCAAUGUGCCCUUCGAGUAUGAGGACUCAGAGACCGUGGAGCAGGAAGAGCACGUGUACACUGCAGAGGGGGAGGAAAUCCCCCAGGGAACCUUCUUGGAAGACCCCCCCGCCAGCCUCAUGGAUGAGCCUGAGGAUGAAGGGCAGCAAGAAGAGGAAGAAGAGUCUCACUCUGAUGAUGAUGAUGACCGGUGUGAGGAGUGGGAGCGUCAUGAGGCACUGCAUGAGGAUGUGACCAGGCAGGAGCGCACUUCUGAGCGGCUCUUCGAGGAGGAGAUUGAGCUCAAGUGGGAGAAGGGUGGCUCUGGCCUGGUGUUCUACACCGAUGCUCAGUUCUGGCAGGAGGAAGGAGGAGAUUUUGAUGAGCAGACAGCUGAUGACUGGGACGUGGACAUGAGUGUCUACUACGACAAAGAUGGUGGAGACAAAGACGCCCGUGACUCUGUCCAGAUGCGCUUGGAGCAGAGACUCCGUGAUGGCCAGGAAGAUGGCUCUGUGAUAGGACGCCAGGUGGGCACUUUUGAGCGCCACACCAAGGGCAUUGGUCGCAAGGUGAUGGAGCGCCAGGGCUGGGCAGAAGGCCAGGGCCUGGGCAGUAGGUGCUCUGGGGUGCCUGAGGCCCUGGAUGGUGAUGGCCAGCACCCCAGAUGCAAGCGUGGAUUGGGGUACCAUGGAGAGAAACUACAGCCUUUUGGGCAACUGAAGAGGCCCCGUGGAAAUGGCUUGGGGCUCAUUUCCACAAUCUACGAUGAGCCUCUGCCCCAAGACAAGAUGGAAUCCUUGCUCCGACGCCAGCCACCUACCAGCAUGAAGUUUCGGACAGAUAUGACUUUUGUGAGGGGUUCCAGUUGUGCCUUGGAAAGACCCUCGGAGCCUGAGUGAGGGUCCUUCAUCAGGGUCACUCAGUUGUAGGAAAACAGCCUAGGUCUUGCCUUGUGGACCUGUAAAGCAGCCAAGAGCCUAGAAGUCUGUACAGCAGGCUCAUGUGCUCAGGCCUGAGCAUGCCUGUCGCUUCUCUACCUCAAAGAUGACUUCAGAGAAGGCCCCUCCCUCGCGUGGGGUGGUCCCUGAACCCUAGGCCAUGUUUGGGCUCGCCCCAGAACUUGGAAGAUCUGGACUGCCAAUGGCACAUUCAAAUCGGUUUGGGGGGUCUGAAGGACGGACGACAUGCGGCCCAAGAAAGGAAAAGGGACCUGAGAAGAACUGGUCCGGAGAGGGUCGGGUGGUCCCUCACCACCUGUGUCCUCUGCUGGGGGCGGGUCUACGCGAGAAUAAACGAGUUUAGAACGG